UGGUGAUCUGUUAUCAGUGAGCCAUAAGGAAGAUUUUGUGACCCGAAUUAUCGCCACCUAAAUAGUGGUUUCUUUAUUAUGACAAUAUUAUUAUUUAUUUCUUGUUUUUUUAGAUUAAUUUAAAAUAUUUAUAAAAUGGAUGAUUCUGGGUCCGUGGUGAAGAAUGUUCAGAUUGAUGGAUUGGUUGUAUUGAAGAUGGUGAAACAUUGUGAGGAAGACAGUGGAGGGCCGGAGCUCGUACAAGGCGUGCUACUUGGCCUCGUUGUGGGUGAGACACUAGAGGUCACUAACUGCUUUCCUUUCCCGAGGACUUCGGAUACUUCCGAUUUCGAUGAAGUUGCCUAUCAGAUGGACAUGAUGCGGUCGUUACGACACGUAAACAUCGAUCAUUUACACGUGGGGUGGUAUCAAUCAUCGAAUCAUGGCAACUUCAUCAACAGAACCUUCUUCGAUUCACAAUUCUCGUAUCAAUCGGCCAUCGAGGAAUCGGUGCUUCUUAUAUACGACCCGUUGAAAACAAGCCAAGGUAGUUUGUCACUCAAGGUGUUCAGACUAACCAAGAAGAUGAUGGAGAUGUAUAACUCACGGCAGUUCAACUUGGAUGUAGUGAAGAAAGAAGGUCUUGGGUUCGAGGGAAUGUAUGAAGAAGUUCCCGUCCACAUCAAGAACUCCCCUCUUACUAGUUUGUUGACGCUUAAGUUGAACAAAGAGAAUCCGACGCCUGAGCGAGUUGAGUACCUUAACCUUUCCCACAG